GCGUCCCGCACAAAAAUAAUAUGUAUAGAACGUUCCCCCAGCCAUAAGACGUGUACGUCACGUCUGAAGACUACGAUAUUUUAUUUUAUUUUUUUUCCCUCCUUCAACAUCAACUCGCACCACGGUCCAACGUUGCCGCGUCGAAGCGACGAAUCGAUAGACCUGCUGCUGCGAUUCUGCCCCUUUUACCGGGACGGUCCAACCGGACGAUCGAAAACGUUUGCCGCACUGUUGCCAGUCUUCAAGUCUGACGCGUGUACACGAAGCUCGUUUGCCGUGUACAUUGUUUACACGCGUCGGUCGUACACCCGUGCCGCACAAGUACGAAAAAACCACGAGUUCGCGCAAACGGUUGCAAUUAUUUACGUAUCGUCGUGUUACGUACAUCUUUGAUCGUUUCGCGUUUGUAGCGCCGAUUUUUCCACUACCUAUAAUAGGUAAUUCUCGACCGACAAUAAUGGCAUCAGCACCGUACCUGGACGAAUAUCUGGACAGCUUGCAGAACCUUCCGGUGGAGUUAAGACGUAAUUUCGCUUUGAUGCGAGACCUCGGCGGUAGAUCUCAAGAAGAGAUGCGCGAAAUCGAUAAACUAUCCGACGAUUUUUUGUCGAAUAUCGACAUCUACCACGGAAGCAAAAAGAAAGAAAAAAUGAACAACAUACAGCGUAAAUUCAAUACAGCUAAAGAAUAUGCCGACGAUAAACUUCAAUUGUCUGUGCAAACUUAUGAAUUGGUGGAUGAAUAUAUUCGGAAGUUAGAUUCAGAGUUGACACGUUUUGAAGGCGAAAUGCAAGACAGAGCCUCCAGUACUGCAAGAAAUGAAGAAAGUUUACAGAAAUGUGGACGUAAGAAUAACGACAAAGAAACUAACUAUACUUCAAGUGAAGAAGAUACUUACAAGACAUCUAAAAAGAAACAAACUAAGAAAAGAGUUGUAAAAACAUCUGGUAAAUCUGGUGGUUGGCUUCAAGUUAAAGUGAAAACGCCUUCAGUCAGUGCUGUCUCUAGUCCAAUAAACUCUACCAAUAGCGUAGCCAGUGUUGUGGCAGAGACUCUUCCUGAUGUUGGAACUGGAGUUGUACAAUCCCCGGAAGUAUUAGACAUGCCUGUUGAUCCAAAUGAACCUACAUAUUGUUUUUGCGUUCAAGUUUCUUAUGGAAAAAUGAUUGGCUGCGAUAAUCCAGAUUGUCCUAUUGAAUGGUUUCAUUUUGGGUGCGUAAAAUUAACUACCAAGCCCAAGGGAAAAUGGUAUUGUCCAAGAUGUUUAACAAAUAAGAAGAAAAAAUAACAUAUUUUAACUAUGAAAUAUUUUUUUUAUUUUUAACAUACACAUAUUAUAUAUGUAUAUAUGUAUGAAUGUGCAAAUAAUAUAUAUAUAUAUAGUAUGUAAUUUUAUAUUAAUUUACUUACAGCUUCAUUAAGACAAUUGAUUGAAAUUAUUGUAGUUUGUAGUAUUACUAUUGUCAUUAAAUUACAUACUCAAGAAUAAAAUUUGAUUACUAUAUUAAA